AACGCAUGAUAAGCGGAGUAGAGUGCGCCAGUAGUUUUGGUGCGUGUGUGUGUCUCGCAAUUUCAUAAUGUCCAUAAAUAUUUCCUGACAUUUUCACGGAACGACGAUUUGAACGCGUGCAUCCCGUACACGAAGUAGAUCGUUACUUUGAAGAGCGCGCGUGUGCGAUAAGAUUAACGCCGGAUGCGCAUUCGAUAUGUUUUCGAGAAAAUCGCCGCUGCCACUGUCGAUCGCUAUCAUUCACCGGCAGCGGGAGAUGCAGAGAGAGAGACAGGAAAAAUAAGAAAUCGUUGAUAAAUGCAAGUAUACGCGAGUGACCGGUGAAACGAGGGAUUUUUUCCUCAGAAUUUGGUUGUUCGAAAAAUUCAUCGGUCCCCGUCUUAUCCCGACUUAGCUCUCCGUUUUGCAGAAAAUAAUAUAAUAAAGCAGGAGAAAUAUACAUCGAAUAAUGCCAAUUCAUUCAAAAGCAGUCGAGCCCAGCUGUCGCGACUCGUUCUUUUCCACGAAUCCGCUAAACUUGACAUAAAAAGUCAUAUCAAUGUUCUCUCAUAUAUUCUGUUAUGUAUUAUCUUCCCCUUCCCCGUCGACCUUAGCGUGUUAUUCGACUGCUACGCCAUUCAGCAACCGCCGUAUUUAGUUUUCCAUCCGGUGGAUGUGUCCGGUGUAACGCGGGGGAGAGACGCGAACGAGGGUGCACGCGGAUGUGAUAUGUCAAACGCGCGGGCCUGCAUCCUUUCUCGGCAACAGUCGCGCGGUUUGCGACCGUGAAAGAAAGUCCCACGACGAGUGACGGCACUCUUUGGCGGAGACGGUGGAUGGGAGUGAAGGGCGACGGGUGGUGACGACGGCAGUGGUAGUGGCGGCGACACAAGGGGGGGAGAUCUUCCGCCCCCUUCGCGAGUCAGACGCCGGUAAUGAGUGUUUACACUGCGAACACGCCGAGUACCGCUAUAUCGCCGGCGAUAAAUACGACGGCAAUAGUGGCAUCGACGACGACGACGACGACGAUAGUUACGGCGAUUACGUUGACGACGUCAACGACGACGACGGUGACGGAGACGGCGACGACGGUGACGGCGACGGCGACGGUGACAGCGACGGCGACGGCGAGGACGGCGGUGGCAGCGACGGUGGUACCGGUUACAACGACGACGACGACGACGACGACGACGGCCACAUCGUCCACGGCGAUCGCCGCGUCGCCCGAGACAGCGACCGGCUGGAUCGAGUUCUGCGAGAGACACGCCCGCGCCUCGGCCUCCGACUUCGCUAAGGCAUUCUGCACCUACGUCAAUCUCAAUUUACCCGAGAGCGCCCGCACCGAUCUCCCGCAUCGCGACUUCCUCACAAAGUUUCUCGAAAGUUUCCGUGAGCACUUCGAGAACGAGUAUUUGCGUCAGAGCGUAAGAUCACUAUCAUUGCAUGAUACUAGGAGUAUAGCAUCCAAUGACAGAAAUACAAAUCUUGCAAGCCAAAAUGCUACUAAUGCACCAGCCUUGGCGUCGUCACAUGAAGAAUUCAGCGACUAUUCUGAACAUGAAGGAGAAGCAGUAUCGCCGAAACCUGCUCACAAACCUUUCUUCCGUAGAUUAUCUUUUAAGGGACUUAAAAAGGGCAAGGGUUUCUUCCAUAAACAACAAAGCGAUGAAGUGGAAUUAUCUCACAUUGAACAUCGCAAGGAUAAGCACUCCAAAGCUAAGUUGUCGAAAAUCGUGGUAGAAUGUAGGAAAGAGGGAAUUAUGAAUACUAUAAUGGGAGAUAAUAUAGAGAAAAAAGUAUGGGAAAAGUCGCGAUUAGCAUUGAUAAAAGCAAUUGGUGGAUACAUGCUAGAAUUUUAUUCCCCGCCGAAAGAUGUGAAACCACGAAGCGGCGUUUUUUGUUCUGCGAUAACGGAAGCGAGGGAAUCCACGGCGCUCGAAAUGCCUGAUCACGAAAACACAUUUAUUCUGAAAACUCAAAACGGAAUGGAAUUUAUUAUAGAGGCACAUGACUCGAAUGAUAUGAAAUCAUGGUUAGCAACAAUUAGGUAUUGCAUGCGAAAAGUGCAACAAAGUCUUAGCGCACCUGGUUCUGGACUGGGUGAUUCUUUAGGAGAUUCCCUUGGCCACAGUUCAUUUGCUGGAUUUGAUGUUGAGCGAAUACGAGCCAAUUCGGCGAGUAAGCACCGAUCCGCUAGUCAUGAACAAGAUGACCCAGGCAAUCCAUCUGAAAUAUCUACAAGAGGCCAUGAUAUACGUAGUAGCAGUAAUUUAGAAUUACGUUCCUCUCAAGAUGUCGAUCAAACAAAUGAGGGUGAGGGGGAUUUUUCGAAUAAUUUACGAGGUUAUGCAUGGUUUCAUGGUACUCUUCCUCGCUCCGAUGCCGCGCAACUCGUAUUACAUAGAGCAGCUAGUGGUCACGGUGUAUUUCUGAUUCGGCAAAGUGAAACCAGAAAAGGCGAAUAUGUAUUAACUUUCAAUUUUCAAGGAAGAGCAAAACACUUGCGGAUGACAUUGAAUGAUCAAGGUCAUUGUCGUGUCCAACAUCUAUGCUUUCCUGCAAUAUUCGAUAUGAUAGAGCACUUUCGUCAGAACCCGAUACCUCUCGAAUCCGGCGGGACUGCGGAUGUUAUUUUAACGGAGUACGUAAUUAUGACGAACACGCGAUCAUCAGGACAUCAUACUGUGACAUAUGGCUCGAACGUGCAACAAUUCGUGCAAGAAAGGAGACCUCCAGCAACCUUGGAGCCUAGAGAAGUACGCACUUAUGGUGGUUCUAUAAGAACGCGUGUGGAAUCGUUGGAGAGACUAGAGCAACAGAAUGCUAUUACGGAGCAACAGGGCUCGGCUUCAUCCACUGGCAGAGCAGUUCAGAAUACUUACAGUUUUCUCUGACGUUGGAUUCAUGCUAAUCCACCAUCAGGCUACAAUCCAGUUAGCCCGACGGACUGAUCAUAAAUAAUAUGAUAAAGUAAUCGUAAAGUUUUUAUUUUCAGAAUUGCGUCACACCAUAAAACUACCGUUUAACAAAACGCAUCGUUCUACUAGUACAAAACAGCUGCAUUUCUUUUUUGGAAUGUUUAUCUUCCAAUCAUUGAUUAUGUGUAUGUGUAACAUUUCACAUUAUAAAACUUUUAUGAUUUAUUUUUAUUAGCAACAUCGAAAAAUAAAAAGAAAUAGAAUAGAUUGGCCGAGGACAAAACCAGUCCAGCAAUAAUCAUCUCAUAGUAUCGUGCACAAAUUACCACCAAAUUACUUCUCCAAGUAAUGUUGCAGCAUACUUUCCACAGAGCUCCCUUUCGCAUGUUCGCAUAUAUCUAUGACUCGUCUUUUUCAAGAUUGACAACAAAUGGUUUCCUCAUGUAUUUAUAAAGAGAGAAUGGAUAUAUUUUAAUGAGGAUACUGAAAUUUCGUUACAUCGUUUAACUAAUUUAUGGUAUAUGUACUUACAUAAUAUUACGCUUAAGAAAGAACAUACAUGCCACAUGUACACAGUAGAGAAUGAUAAUUCUCUAAAAUCGCAAACUAUGAACUGCCAUACAUCCUCCUUUAUGUCCAUCAUCCCAAAGACUUAACAAGUACGCCAAAAUUAAAAAUUAAUACCAUUAAAUCAUGCUUCAUUACAAUUACAAUUUAUUAUGCAAAAUUGCAUUUUAGCCACAUUGUCAUUGGUCCUGAUGCUUCAUAGGGCUUCAUAUUAAAUAUAAUAGACAUGCCCUUUAAUUCAUCGAAAUAAGUAUAAAAUGUUACGCGACACUUAUUAUUAAUCCCAGUGCAUAUAAAUUUCCCCAUUUCUCGAAUAAAUAAAAAGAAUGGAAAAAGAGAGAAGCUAUAUUAUUAUCCUGAAUAAAUCGAAAGGAAAAAAUGUUUCGAGCUACAGUAAGUAUGAUUCCAUGUAUCCCUGCAGAAAUAGCAGCAUUAUAUUCGAUAAGCGUAUCAAGAAGUAUAUUAACGAAAUGUGUAUUAAUGAUUAAGAAACUAUUACUGAUACUGUAGAGCAAUAUGACUGAAUGUGUGUAAAAUUAGAUUAUAGAUAAAUGUAUGAAUGAGUGGUACAUGUACGAUGGAGAGCAAUGAUUGACAGAGUAUCUGAUUUGUAUAAGAAACAAGCAAAACAGAUAUUCUCAAUAUGAGCCGAACUGAUUACUGUGAUAAGAUCUUUCAUUUGCACAGGCAUCUAAUAAUCCCGUUGCCGUCCGCAUACCAAUCUUAUCCAAAAUCACUACAGAAACAACAGGGAAAAAUUUAUCACAUACAUGUGUACAUUUUAAUUGCUUAAAUUUGCCAUUAAAACUUGUAUAAAUAGAAUUUUCAUGAUAAUAAUAUUAAGAGAAGAAAAGAAUUAUACGAAAAUUAUAGUCGAUCUGGAAAAAAUAUAUAUCACAAAUUUAUUCUUUAGCCAAAAUGCUCGCAAGAUCAUGCUGUAAGUAGAAUAUAAGUUUGUUCUCUGUAUAUUUAAAACGCAGUUGAAACGACAGUCCUGAGAUAUUACAGAGUACAUGACAACUAGGCAUUCAAUAAAAAUACUUUUUUACCUUAUGUUAAGAUGCAGAAAUGAAAAUAAAAAUACUGAAUUCCCUGAGAAAUUU